UUGUGGUUGUCCUUAUUAUUGCUUUUCAAAAGAGUGCCAUCAUUCUCAUAAAGUGUUACCCUGUGACUAACUGGCAGACCAGAAAGUCUUUACCCUCCUGAAACUGGCAGACCAGUACGUCUUUACCCUGCUGACGUCCCGCCCUGUGCAAAUAAUGGAUCCCCAUUUUAAAAGGCUCAAACAAACAUAAAAAGCUCCAAACAAAAGCAUUCAUAGUUGUAAUCAAUCCAGUGCUGUAAAGGUGAUAAGGUGGUGGCCAGGUCCGGGAACAGAAACGGGAGCUGAUACUGGACAGGAGAUAAGGAGUCAACUGGUGCCUAAAGGUCCUGAUUACCUGAGUCAAUAAAAUCCAAUGUGUGGGCAGCUCAUGUGCAAUGUGACUUCACCACCACAUCCUGCUUGAAACCUGGACCAACAAUCUGUCAGCACAAACCACUGGUUUUGGUUCUGCAGAUCACAAAAAACCUCUUCCCCUGCCACCGCUCCACACCUCAUUACAAUGCCUCAUCGCUGCUGCUCUGUCGAGAUUAACAACAGCUCUGGCUGCUACACUCUCGCCAAUCCAAGAGUGUUCACUGAGAGCGGGCACUGUGAAGUCCCUCUGCCACCCAUGGUGGGUCCCUGCUCUGCUGGCAGUGCACUGUUCAACAAGACAACCGGCGCUGCCACCGGGGCUGUGGGCGUCUUCACCUACGACCUUUUCAACGCAGAAUACAACGACUACAGCCACGUCAUGGCUGUCAUGUACUCCGUGCCCUACGACCGAAACCUCUACUCCAGCUGGUUCGCUGUGGGGAUCUUUGAAAGAGGAACCGAGUGCGACUACAAUCUUUAUGAUAUGAUGUAUAAGGGAAAUGAAAAUAAUUUUGUAAGAGCAAAGGCUGAUGGCUCCUGCAUUUCUUAUGAGGGUAAUUAUGUUAUCGUCAGUGCCUCCAUGUCAGAUUCAGGCGAAGCAGUCCUGAGGGUGGAUGUCAAUGAUACUGGCAUGUAUUAAGCCAAAAGAAGAAAGAUCUGUUGUUAUGUAAACCAUAUGAGACGAUCACAGUCAUUUUAACAUUUCAAGUGGCUCAUUAAUCAAUAUACUUAAAAUAUGCACAUGAUUGUACACUAAAUAUUGGUUAUUACACUUGUGAAUUUCAAAAGGUGACGCCGAAUUACAAAUAAAAAACAAGACUUUCCUGUGUCAAUCA